GAACGUAGGCUUCGUAUAUAGUGUUGGUUUCACAAGUACAGGUAGGCCUGUUGCAUAAAUGCGAUCACAGAUGCUUUUAAACGAACUAUCAUGAGUUUCCAACUAUUGUAACAUAUUUCCAAAAACAUUUCGGAAUACAUUAAAAGCCAUGUCUGAUCUUACAACUGAUGCUUUACCGUCUUUGACGGAAGAUGAACGAUCUGGUUUUCCAGAACUACCACAGCGGCUUGGGGUUGGUGACAACACAGUGGCAACCGACUCUUCCAGACGUAAAGCACACUGGCUAGCUUCUCGUGAAUCCAGCGUAGAUCCUGAACUAGAAGCAGAUCCAAGUAGUGUGGACCCUGUUCUUCAAGGGCAACGUCAGGACGAGUCUAUGGCAAGACAACUUCCCAUUCAGGAAAGCACAAACACUGCAGCUGCAGCAUCUAAGAGAAAUAAAUAUGAUGUUGCCAUUUUGUGUCACUACCAGUGCCAUGAAGAGGCUAGGACUCUUCGAGACCACCUGAAGACACUGGACCUAUCUGGUGGUCCACACCACUCACUGUUGAAUGUGACACUAGCAUACGACUGUGCAGAUGCUGCAGUUACUGAAAUUGAAAACCUGAAUGAUCUGAUACUGAACAUUCCUUGUAUUCUGUUACUGAUUGAGAAAACGUUUUUCACUGAUAGUCAGUGUAUGUUUGAAGCUAAUGUUUCACAGUCCUCCUCUCUCAUCCAUAAUAAUCGGAUAGAUAAAUAUGUCAAGAAGGAGUUUGUCAUUCCUAUCUUUAUGAAGCCAAAGGAAGAAAUAAAUGGCAUAACACCAUCAAUUUCAGCAAUGACGGGAAUCAAAUACCACAGAGGCUGGGAUGACACAAAGGAAAUCUUCAAAAGAAAUAUUGAAACCUGUUUGAGUAAGGAAAAAGAUGGAUGUAGAGUACAAGAAAUUUCGGAAUAUUUUAAAAAAUUGGAAAUAUAAAUUCAUUAAUAUACCGCUACAUGUAGUAAGAAGCAAGAAUUCUGAGAGUACUAAUAAAGCAAUACACGUCCCAUAUUGGGCCCCACAAAUUGUUGUAUCUUCUACAUUAGGAAAAAUGUAGCAGGUUUCCUCUGAUGACUACGAGUCAAACUUGCCAAAUUAAAGCCAAUGAUUAAUUAAUCAAUGUGCUUCAGUGGCGUCAUAAAACAAACACAUUCAUUUGUUGUGCAAGGGUCAUAACUCUGCCAAAAAUUGGUACUAGUACUCUCGAAAUCUUUGCCAGCCAAAUCUAUUAAAAAUUGUCUAGUUGGGUUUAAAUAUGGAAAAUACCACUUUGGAGAAGAUAAAGUUUUUAUCUGAAGUUAGGCCCAGGGCUUAAAUUAAGAAGUUGAAAAAAUUUAUACUAUAAUAAAGACAAAAGAUGCAAGUUAGGAAGGAGAACAUUAUUGUCGUUCCAUGACAACUUUAGUCACAUGCAAAACAUGUUUUGAUAUCAGAGGAAGGAAGGAAAUAUUUUAUUUAAAGGAAGGGACAAUUAAGGCAUUUGGCCUGGUAUGCAUAUUCAACGAUUUAUAAUGCACAUUAUUGCUUAAUAUCAACAAGUAUAAUCGUAUAGUUA